AGCCUUGCGCAGAAGGAGGAGCAGAGGCGGGAGCUGGAAGCGCUACGGGCUGAGCUGGAGGAAGAGCGGCACCGCACCCAGGAGCUGCGCCGCUGCUUCGCUACCGAAACGCGGGAGCUGAAGGCGGCUUUGGGCAGGGAGCAGCAGCUCCUGGCAGAGCGGCUCCAGUCCGAGUGGGAGCAGCGACAGGCUCAGGAGGUGCAGCGGCUUCUGGAGUUGAACCAGCGGCAGCGGGUGGUGGAGACCCGCCAGCUGCUGCGCUGGAAGGAGGCUGAGCUCCGCGAGGAACAGGAGCUGCUGCGGCACGAGUGCACCACCGCCCUUGGCCAGACGCGGGCCCUGCAGCGGCAGCUGGCCGAGGAGAUGGUGAGGCCCAGCAGCAGCGGCAGGGAGGCCCGGAGCAAGCUCCAGGAUGUCCUCAGCAAGCUCUGCUGGGAGAGAGAUGGCUACCAGCCCGCCCGCAUCCGCCACCUCCAGAACCAGCUGCAGCUGGAGAGGACACUCUUCACCAAAUACAUC